GAUUGCAACCAGACUUGUGGUCAUUGCAUGAAUCGCGCACCAUGUGACCGUGUUAGUGGCCAGUGUGAGAGCUGUCUUGCGGGAUACACGGGGAACUCGUGUGAUACACUUGUUGAAGAAUCGAGUCAGUUUCCAGUGAAGCUAGUAUCUGGAGUUUCGGCUGGGAUGCUCAUUCUUCUGGUGGCGCUCAUUAUGACAGUGGUUUUAUUGAUAAGAAAAAGAAAAGGCAAACGGACCCAAGAACAUUCGAAUGUACUAUCAACUGUUCGCGAGCCAAUUAGUAGCGUCCAUGACGAACCGCAACAACUGGCCGCCGCAAAGCCUAAUAAUGAGCAAAAUUGUUCGCCACCAACAUCAGCAGAGUCGGUUACAACAAUGUUCAUUCAAGAACCGGUAUAUUCGAACAUGCAGGACUUACCGCCCGUAGAGUCAUCGGGAACCACCAUCGCCCUGUCCCAGCUGCAGGGAUAUGUGAUGUCAAAAAGCGCGGAUGAGCCCUUCUUUGACUUAGAAUUUAAGAAAAUCCCAUACGGGAUGCAACACCCAGCUACUUCUGCAACGGCGCCAGUGAAUGCGGGGAAGAACCGAUACAAAGAUACGUGUGCCUAUGACCACUCUCGUGUUGUGCUGAGCACUGUGGAUGGCAAGGAAUGCAGUGAUUACAUCAAUGCUUGCUUCAUCGAGGGAUUCUGCAAGAAGCGAGCUUACAUUGCAUCACAAGGUCCCACGGAGGCUAUGAUGGACGACUUUUGGCGAAUGAUUUGGCAAUAUGACGUCUCUACCGUAGUCAUGGUAACAAACCUCGUAGAAAUGGGAAAGAUGAAAUGUUUGCGGUACUGGCCUCUUGAAGUUGGUUCCCAGAAAGAUUUUCAAGCACUCACAACAAAUUUGAUCUUUAUGGAGGAGUUCACAGACUUCACAGUUCGGAGGCUUAAAUUGUCACACCAGGCCAAACCAAGUGUCUCUCGUGUGGUAACCCAAUUUCAUUACACGGCAUGGCCCGACAAAGAUGUGCCCGCUAGCACUUCGAGCCUCUUGCACUUCUGGCGUAGGAUCAGGGCCCACGAUCCCGACAAGAAGCAACCAUGGGUCGUUCAUUGCAGCGCCGGUGUUGGUCGCACAGGAACAUUCAUCGCCACGGACAUACUGAUAGACGAGGGUCAGGCAAGACAGACUGUCGAUAUCUACGCCUGUGUGACCAAGUUGAGACAGCAGCGAGUUAACAUGGUUCAAACAGGGAGCCAAUAUAAAUACUUACAUAGACUGAUGGUGGAAUACCUGACUCUUCGCAGUCAGUUCGUGUCCAACAAUGAGAUUGCCAAUUAUCAAAACACCCUUCUCCAAGUCGACCAAAAGCUAAACAAAACUGGACUGGUUUUACAAUAUGAGACAGAGGCAUCUUACCACACACUGGAGUUUGCUGGGUCUAGCAUCAAAGGUGACGAGGGAGAUCCUUAUUCAUUUGGUACCAUGCCUGAAAACGCGAAAAAAAACAGAUUCGAUGCCAUACUACCGAAUAACCGAUAUCGAGCGAUGUUGACUGUUCCUGUGGAUGGAAGAAAUGACUACAUCAACGCUGUCUUCAUGCCGAGCUACAAGGUGGACAACAAGUACAUCCUUACUCAGAAGCCCCUGUCUGACACUGUGGAGGACUGCUGGAGACUCAUAGAGAGCAGGGACAUCAGUCUGGUGGUGACAUUCCCCGAUGAGGGAAAUGAACAGAACGGUCGAAUGUUUCCUACUAAAGGGUCAAUCACUGUGGGCCCCUUCAACAUCAUGUUCAUCACGGAACAUUACGAAGAGGACUAUUUUGUUUCAAGAGUCUUCAAAGUUCAAUACAUGAGGAAGGAGAGGACGGUAACGCAGCUGCUGUACCAGAAGUGGCCCAGGCGCCAGAUGGCACCGCCAAAUGUCGGUGAAUUUCUGAUGUUAAUGGACGCUGUGGAGAAGAGGACAAAAUCUUCAACAGCAUUGAUACAGUGCUUAGAUGGUGCUACAAGAAGCGGCCUGCUGCUGGUACUGUUGUACGCCACGGAAUGCAUGUCCAAGGAUGGGGAAGUGUCGCUGCCUAUGGUCAUCAGGCAUCUUAGAACGAGGCGUCCGCAGCUCAUACCGAACUUUGAACAGUAUCGUUUUUGCUACAGCUUGCUGACACAGUAUGUAGAAUCCAAUGUGACGUACGCCAACACAUAGCGUCGAGAGAGUAUUGAUCUAUGGGUAGUUACUAAUGAAAUCUGGAAGUUGCGGUUUAUGACAUGAUGCACAUAUUAGAACGUGACAUAUGGCGCUAGAUGUAUAUGUUCAUGAAUAUUGCAAGUUUGCACUUAUUACGAUAUAAAUGACUCUCAUGUCUCCACAUUAUCCAACUAGAUUGAAAAACAAUAAAUAACAUUUUCAAAAAUGCUUUUAAAGUUUGGACCCUUGGUUUGUUUGUAAACAUUAUUUGGCCUACAUACCAUAUAAGACUGCAAUAGAGAAUGUCCUCAUUGAGCUACACAAAUGAUGGAUCCUGGAUUGCAUUUGGACUACCUAGUAUUAAUUCAUGUUUAUUUACUUUAUUGUGAAAUAACUUCUGUGUUUUGAUUUGAUUUUUAUGUUUCAUUUCUUGCAUUAUAAACAGUAUUUCUUUUUAACUUAUAUCAUUGAAUAGUAUACAAUUACUCUUGACACAAACAACUCAAGCUUUUGAUUGUAAACAAAAACAGCAUCCAUGUGUGAGAUGACGCAAGAUUGGGGCUUUACAAACAUUCUCUAAUGAUACAACUAUAUGUACGGAAUUUAAAUCACUAUUAUGAUCAGAAAUAUCACGAAGAGUCCAACAGUUUUGGGGAUUUAUAUAAAGUUUAUAUCAAGUUAUAAGAACAUGUUCGGAUGUGUUUGACAAAUUCAACAUCAUUUAGGCACUUUACAAUGCGGUCUACUGGCAUUUAGAGUUAGGUUUAGUGUACCGUUUUCAUACAACAUAUACACACCAACUUGGUAUUUAGAUGGUGCACAUGACGAAAAUGAACUAAGCAUAUUUGCAAAUAAUAUUUCGUUCAUAUUAAAUGUUCAUAUUAAGUAAACAGUUGACAUUGCAAAGAUUAUCAAAAAGUGUGUUUAAAAACAACGCAUAGUGUUCACAAAAUAAAAUAUGUCGUUAAAGGUUGUUCAUAUUCCCAUGGGGUCAAAAUUGGCCACAUUUCGGUGGUCUCGUGGUAUUUAGCAUCUUUUUUGUGCCUUUUUCAAUGAGUUGCCGGCAAAUUAUUCCCCUUGCAACAUAAAUAUCAAACCCGGGGACAAACGUGAUUUAUAUGAAUCUGAUCAUCAAAUUUAUUUCAGCUAUCGAGAAACAUUUGCUUGUUGUUUUUGUUUUUGUGUUCAUCCACUGCGCUUGAGCAAAUUUGGUGUACAAUUUUCAACUUGAUUUUGUAUAAAUGGAUAAGAGUUUUUAUUUAUGAUUUUAUAUUGUGCUUAUAUUUGCUUCAGUUAUACUUCUGCUGAUUUGGCUUGCAUCUACCCAUAUAUUGGUCAAAUGGUAAUUGACUUGAAAUGUAUUCUCUAUUACUGCUAUGAAAUUUGAAUUGUGAUUGUAUGAGGUUAACUGUUAUGUUAAUGUUAAUGUUUUGCAAAUAACUCUGGGCUAACUAUUAGUUUUCGAGCUCAUUAAAAUCGGUUUGAAAACACAAUGCUUCGAAUUGACCGCUCCAAUGUGGGGAUCCCGUUAUUAGAAUAAAUAAUGGACCACAUGCUAUGAUAAGAUAUUUUCCUUCUGGUGCAGCUGAAGUUAUAGUUUGUAUAUAUUUCAACCAAAAUAAAAUAUUAUAAAGGAAUGCGGUUGAAUCCACGUUCGAAGCCCUUUAAUAUGCAUUUGAAUUUCAAAUAUAUGAACUUGUUUAAUGUGUAAUGUAUAUUUUAUUAUUUGCUUUCUCAAAAUAAAAUUU